AUGCCGUCGCACGCGUGUCCCGCGGUGAUGUACUCGGCCCUGGCGCCGACAGCAGCAAACGACCAGACAUCUGCGGAUGCCCUCCCUGAUGGGCUGCCACCGCGAUCCGGGCACGGCCGGGUCGGACUUGUCUCCCGUGUGCGUGGGCACGACGAGCGUUUCCCCGGCGGUCAGGACGUGGAGGGUAGCCGCGGUGAGGGCUUCCGCGUGUCCGGGGAUCCCGCCUAG